AUGUUUCGAGAAGCUGAAGUGGCACAGCUUUUGGGCGUCCCAUUUUUUGUGACGGUCCCUCCCUUCACCUUCGCGCUCUCUCUCCCGUCGCCUGUCCGCUCCUCCUCCCCUCGCCUUCGUGCUCUCUCUCCCGUCGCCUUCGUGCUCUCCCUCCCGUCGGCUUCGCGCCCUCCCUCCCGUCUCCUUCGCGCUCUCCCUCCCGUUGCCUGUCCGCCCUCCCUCCCGUCUCCUUCGCGCUCUCCCUCCCGUUGCCUGUCCGCCCUCCCUCCCUUCGCCUUCGCGCUCUCUCUCCCGUCGCCUGUCCGCUCCACCUCCCCUCGCCUUCGCGCUCUCCCUCCCGUCGGCGCCCUCCCUCCCGUCUGCUUCGCGCUCUCCCUCCCGUUGCCUGUCCGCCCUCCCUACCUUCGCCUUCGCGCUCUCUCUCCCGUCGCCUGUCCGCUCUCCCUCCCAUCGCCUUAUCGCUCUCCCUCCCGUCGCCUUUCUCCUUCCCCACUUCAUCUCCUAUCGCUCACGUCCUCCCCUCCCAUCGGCAUCGCGCUCACGUUCCGCCCUCCCGUCACCAUCGCACUCACGUGCACCUGUCUUCGCAUCGCCUUCGCGCUCAUGGCCUCCCCUCCGAUCACGUCUCACGAUAUAAUUUAA